AUGAAGUGGAUAUUGUGGGCGCUGGGUGCGGCGUUGCCUUACGUGGUUUCAGAGGACGGUUUGCCGUUCGUGUUAACAUUGUGUGCCACGUCCACGGCGCCUGCGGAUUCGCUGUGUGCGGACGGGUUUACGUUCAUUAUGCCAGCCUCGGAGGCGGCGACGAAACGCCUGAGCGGGAUUGCGCCUAGUCAGUACCAAGCCAACUGGCACCGUACAGGUGGCGUGGUGGAUGGCGGUCCCGCGGUCAACUUGCUAAUGAACACGCUGAUGCCUCUGCUCAAUGACGCCAUGCCCGAGAUGGACUCCUCCAAGUGCCUCCCGAACUAUUUGAGUGGAUUCCAUACCCCCGAGCAUCCUCUAUAUGCCGAACCACCAUAUGCCGCGGAGUGCGUGUAUUUGCCCCCGGUGCCAUCGGACUUUGUGAGUGGGUUGGCGAUUGCGCAGAACCAGACGCGGCUGCCGAUGGUGGCGAGUCCGUUGACGGCCCGCGAGCUACAGGAGUACCCCUACCCCGUGUGGCAGAUCUACCGCGCGUCCUGGGAGCGGCGUCUGGGCUUCAGUCCCUCAAGCUUGGUCCAGGCGUUGGCUAUGGCCUUGGGAGCGACGGAGACCUUGGGAACGACCGCUACGUCUGUCGUUGGUCUGCGCCUCUUUGGGUUUCCGGGCGAGACAGCGCAACUUGAGUUCGUGACCAUGGACGAGGUCAAGGCGCUGCCGGAAGUGAUGCUCACACGCCGAGUCAAAAUGUCGGGCCUCACCUUCCGAAUGGACACGCGCAUCACACUGCCCGAACCGCCCGCCGCCGCUCUCGUGGACGCCGGCUGCCAAGUCGUCGUGGAUCAAUUCCUUCCCGCCAGCAUCUUCAUUGACCAAGACGAAGCACAAGCACAUACCCGUCAAAGAGAGUCCACACGCCAUGUUGCUGGACGUCAUGGCCCUGGACGCCAGGAAACUGGGCGCCUUGCUUGGGUCUUCCCGCAGUUCCAUGACAUCGAAUUACCGGCCCAUCUAGCAACACCCGUCGUAUAUCGCACCACACACCUACUACUUACCGGCGAACGCAAUUAUGGAGACCAGGGGCCCACCUUCCACGACCGCUACCUCCUAGACGCACCCAAAAAUGCCUUCGCCCAAAAAGGUUCGGAAAGUGAAAGAGGCCGAAUAUACCUUGAGCCGCCGGCAAUCGCCAUACAGUGUCCUGGCUCCGCCCCCCCAGCACUUCAAAAGGUGACCGAAGCCCAUAUAUAUCCCCGUAGCACGAGAUACCACCCGAAUGCCGCAAUUGUCCAGGGUGUGUCCAUAACACCCGAAUUUCUACCCUAUGUCGUAGCCCUGACCACUACCGGCCUGCUCACGGCCCUAAUCGUCGUGGCCAAGCCCUUGCUCCAGUGUACUUUACGCUUGCGCAUCAAGCAACUGUGA